CUGAAUACAGGUGUGCAGUUUGUCUUCUUUCUUUUUUUUUAACCAGGAAGCAGCAGGUAUAGGACAGCCCUCGGCAGCUCACUGUGCUCGGACACUGACGCUAUGACUCCAGCAUGGCUGAUAAAGGUCCAUUUUUAACUUCUUGUAUUAUUUUUUACCUGUCGAUCGGUGCAGCAAUAUUCCAAAUUCUUGAAGAGCCAAACUGGAAAUCAGCAAAAGCCAAAUAUCUCCAAGACAAACAGAACAUUUUGAAGAAGUAUACCUGCUUAACACAAGAGGACCUGGAUGGGAUUUUGCAGGUGGUUUCAGAGGCUGCCGGACAAGGCGUGACUAUCACUGGGGAUAAAUACCGCAACACAUGGGACUGGCUCAACUCUAUGGUGUUUGCUGCCACUAUUGUUACAACCAUAGGUUAUGGCAAUGUUGCCCCAAAGACUGUUGGUGGCCGUGUGUUCUGCAUCCUGUAUGGACUUUGUGGGAUCCCACUGUGUCUGGUGUGGAUUAGUGAUCUAGGAUCAUUCUUUGGAGACCGGGCCAAGCGUCUCUCCCAGAUUAUGAUCCGUAAAGGCGUUUCAGUGAAAAAGGUCCAGUUUACAUGUACAGUCUUGUUCCUUUUAUGGGGGCUGUUCAUGCACCUGGUGAUCCCUCCAUUUGUCUUCAUGUCUGUGGAAAGAUGGAGCUACCUUGAAGGCCUCUACUUCUCUUUCAUCACGCUCACCACAGUCGGUUUUGGAGAUUAUGUGGCAGGCGUCAAUCCGGACAUAGAUUACCCAGCGCUGUACCGAGUGUUUGCUGAGCUAUGGAUCUACAUGGGCUUGGCCUGGCUCUCCUUGUUCUUCACCUGGAAUAUCCACAUGGUCGUCAAGGCUCACAAGGUCCUAAAGAAAAAAAGGAGGCAGAGGCACAAGUUCUUGUAUGACGAUACGCAGAGGUCUGUGGAGCAAAAGCCAAUUCCAGAAACAAAGCCAACGGUCAUCGACAUAUUCAACUUCCUAUCCGAGAAGGACGAGGACUACAGCACGGUUAUCAAUGAGAUUGGCAAGUCGGCAAAGAAGAGCACAGACUGUAUGAAUCGCUCGAAGAGCUGCAGUGACAUCUUGGGAACUCAUAUUCAGACUUUGGACAGCUCUCCACGCCACAGACGCAUAAGUAGUAUCAGUGAGGUGUUCAUGAACAAAAUACCUGGUGUGGACACAAGCAAAAAGGAGGAGGAGGAGCAUUCUCCAGUACAAGGCAAUGGAGACCCAGAACAAUCCAAAAGUGUGAGGACAGACUUUGAGAAGAACACAGAUGAAUGUGAACACGCUUCGAAUAUGAAGGGCAUCACCAUCAGUGUACCUCCCAAAGACACAGAAGAAAUUGUGCACCAUCCUGAUAACAGGAGGACUAGGUUUAGAAUCUCCAAGGUAGUGGAGAAUGACGAGGAGAUGGAUAAAGAUGAAAACAUGUAAAAGAUUUGCAUGGGCACGCCUUUUACCCAAACUGUGGAUCCCUGUCUUUAAAGCACAUAGUGAUGUGUGAAGCAUUUUGUGUGCAACACAAACACAUCAGAACAUACUUCAGUUUGUGUACAGAAUAUACUAGUUCUGCACAAAUGUCAUAAUUAAAGACAUUCA